AUGACUUCCUCUGCUCCCUUUUCCGCCACGGCUGAACAUCGCCAGGAACCAACCCCGUUCGACCCGGCCGUCGACGCCCAGGGGUCAGAACCCAUCGUCCAGACGCUCCAGUCGCUGGACAGCACCUUGAAACUAUACACUCGCGCCUCGCCACACUACGGGUCCCUGCGUGGAUGCUUCAACAAGGCCAUCGCUGCAGAGCCACUGGUGAUCUGCCGGCCUGUUUCUGUCGAGCAAGUACAGCUGAUCGUCCGCACGGUCGGUGACCUGCCGGAUGGCCCACCGCUCGCAGUGCGUGGCGCUGGCCACGAUGUCUGGGGCCGUGGGUGCAUUGCCGACAGUGUGACUAUCGAUGUGCGGGAGCUGGACGGACAGACGCUGGCCGAAGACAAGCAGUCUGUGUCCAUCGGUGGAGGAGUCCUGUCAGGCAACCUGGUCGGCUUCCUCAACACCCACGGCCUCUGCACGUCCAACGGUACGGCCGGAAACGUUGGCUGGACAGGCUGGGCUAUCUGGGGCGGAUACGGCCCAUUCAACGACUUCGUCGGUCUGGGUGUGGACAACAUCCUCUCUGCCAGGGUCGUGCUGGCAGACGGUAGGCUGGUCGAGGCCAAAGCUGGUUCAGACCUGCUCUGGGCUAUCCGUGGAGCAGGAGGCAACUUCGGCGUUAUCGUGGAGACGACCGUCAAGGUGUACCGGAUGCCCGUCAUCCUAGCCGGUUUUAUCGUGUACAAGUGGGAGGAGAGCGAGCAGGCGUUGCACCGGGUCCAGGAACUGCUCGACAAGGGCGUUCCUGAUGCCAUGGGCAUGCAAGUCGGCUUCAUGAGAAGUAGAGCCGGGCUGGGCUUGAGCCUGAUCUACACCUGGGCCGACUCUGACAGGCUCGACGAGGGCAAGAAAUGGCUCGAGGAGGUCAGACAGCUGGCCACCGUCACUAUAGAUACCAUAUCCGAGACUACCUUCAAGGACUUCCAGGCAAUCACUACAAAGCCUGUCAGAGAGCCUGUCAACGUCUGCACACGUUCCGUCUCGAUCCCUCGGUUUACCCCUGAGACCAUCGCCGUCCUGCUCAAGUACUCAGAAGCCAUUCCUGAGGGCGGCCGGUACAACAUCGUCUCUCACGUCGGCCACGGCAAGGGCAUACAACCCAACAAGGAAUCAUGCUUCGGCACACGCGAGCCGCAUAUCCUCUUCCACAUCAAUGCACCCGUAUCUGACGAGGCCGGUAGCAUGACGGACGCCCAGGGCUGGGUCGACGGUCUGAUGGCGGAUAUCAAGGGUACGGGACAGGCGCUCAAACCGGCGUAUGUUAGCUUCAUGGGCGAGGACGAAGCGACGCACGAGAGCUUCGGACAGAACUGGGAGCGGCUGCAGGCCUUGAAGCGCGAUAUGGACCAGAAGAACCUUUUCAAGUUUGCACAACCGAAGCUGAGUUAG